AUGGCCACUGUCUCCAGCAACCCUCUCAAGAACGACGCUGCCUUCAACAGCGACUCCGACUCGGAUGGACAGGCUCGUGGAGGACGUCGGCAAUUGGCUCCUAUGGGCCCUCCUCAGCAACAACAGCAACCAGGCAUGCCUCAGCUUCCUUCUACGACUGGCCAGCUACUCAGGGGCGCCACCGAUGACGAAGGAAGAAACACCAAGGCUGCACUACUCGUUGGUAUCAAGCUGGACCUCGAAGCUGAGAUACACUUGACCGCACGAGUUCGCGGAGACAUCUGCAUCGGCUUGUAUUAA